AUGCAUGGAUCAUCAUAUUUCCAAAUCACACCUUGUCAAGGGUUUCUCAUGUAUAUAAACAUAACCAAAGUGCAUAGAAGCCUGGAAGAUAAGUUAUGUUUGUGGAGGCUAAUGAGCCAGGGAUAUUGGCAAGUAAUCUCUGAAAUCUCCCCAGAUUUUAUCUUGACCGGUGGUUUUGACUAUUUACCCCUGACGAUAAACCUUUUAGAUGCGAGAACAGCCUACUUUUGGAGCAUGAAACGAGAACGCCUGGUAUAUUUUAACUUAAACAACGGCGAGUAUGUGAUCCACAAAAUGAUGAAAGAUGGAAGUAACGGUCAGAUUACAUACACGCAUUCUCCCGUUAAGGACCCGAGAGCUAGGAUUUAUCUCAAAAUCUCGAGAUAUAUGGGUGUCAUCCUCGAACAAGCAUACCUUCUCCCGUUCUUUCUCCCACAAUGGCUGUAUUGGAUCCGGAAGAACACGGUGCGUAUUAAACAACCAACAACAACAAAAAAGAGGGAAAGAGACUUCAGACUUCUCUGUUUGCAGCCCUUGAUGAUUGCCUGA